GAAGUAGCAGAGAAACAGUGUAAAAGGUAUAAUGGAUACUGAAAAGGUUAAGUUUUCGGCUUAUAUAGUGCAAGGAUUGGCGGCAUUUAUAAUUGCCUAUCUCUCAUUAUUGACUGGUUUUGUAUACGCCUGGCCAUCGUUUACUAUGGAAAUGUUUAAAUCCAAUUCCACCGUUCUAAGUACAUCUAUGUCAGCCACAGAAGCAUCAUUGUUAGGAAGUUUGACUAACAUCGGGGGUUUAAUGGUGUCACCUUUCUGUGGAUAUGUAGUGGACAAGAUUGGGAGGAAAUACUCUGCUAUGAUGUUUGGAGUUCCAUUUGUGGUUUCCUGGGGUCUCAUAUAUUUUACCAAAUCAGUUAGUGUGGUUCUUUUGUCUAUAUGGUUAGCGGGUUUUGGAGCAGGCGGACAAGGAAUAUCUUCAAUGUACAUAUCAGAAAUAUCACAAGAUUCUAUUAGAGGGGCACUAACUUCGUCAUUUGUAUCAGUAUUUCUAUUGGGACUUCUAGUUUCAUAUAUUAUUGGAGGAUAUUUGUCAUAUGAACAUGUGGUAUUCAUCAAUUUUAUACUCUCAAUGAUGUUUAUUUUACUGUUGACGCUGAUAAAAGAAUCCCCAGUGUACUUGUUAAAACGGGGAAGAAAUAAAGAAGCAGCAGAGUCUCUAGCCUUUUACCGUCGAGUAGAAGCUAACUCUGUCGAAGUACAAAUGGAAAUUAAAAAGAUCACAUUACAAUUAAAUCCAAAGAUAGAUAAAAUAUUGCAGGACGGUGAUGAUGUAUUACUUACGACAGAGACGGGACAAUAUACGGAUUUUAUUGACCAAGAAAAGAAAAGUGAAGCUCCAUGGCGAAUCCUAAGACAAUCGAAAUCAUCCAAACGAGCAUUGACAUCCGUGCUUAUAGUGAUGAGCUUGACGAUUCUUAUGGGAUCCGUGGUAAUGCAAAUAUAUGCGGAAUCUCUGUUCAAAGAGGCUAUACCAACGAUGCAUCCAAACACUUGUUCUAUUUUGCUUGCGGUGGAUUAUUUUCUGGCGAGUUUUGUUUGCGCUUGCAUGGUGGACAAAUUUGGGAGAAAGACUCUCAUGACCGUAACUUCUAUUAUAUCUGGAGUAUUUACCAUUCUCCUUGGAUCCCAGCUUCAGAAACGGUGGGCGCCACAUUGGUUCACAGCUUUCGUUAUCUAUGGAUACAGUUUUGUUUACAACCUUGGAGUCGCAGUUGUUCCAUUUGUUCUUAUGGCCGAAGUAUAUUUGCCUGAGGUUCGUGGACUGUGCAAUAUGUUGUCUAUGGCAUGUAUGUGGAUUAUGAACUUCGUAAUUAUUUUCAUUUACAACCCGUUAGUGAUCCUCUUCGGCCUAGGCCCCGCAUUCUACAUUUUCUCAACAGUCUGUUUUAUUGGAGCCGCCUACAGCCAUUUCUGCUUACCAGAGACCAAGGGUCUACCAGCUGAUAAAAUACAGUUGUUGUUCUUAAAAAAGAAAUAUUUUAUUUAAUUCGACUUGUUGUCUUGUUGUUUAUUGUUGUUG